GUCAAACUUGGGAAGGCAUCUCUCGCGAGAAGACAAGACGCGGGACACAACGACUCUGUAAAUUGGACUGACUUCUCGAUUCCUCGCACCCACCCUUCCUAAACCAAAAGCCUUCCUUUUACCCUCAUAUCUUCUCUUCCCAACUGCUCCGGCCAAUCUCAUUCUGCGGGCCGAGAGUGGAGAGGAAGAGAAGACAGACGGAGAUAUCCCUGACGCAAGGCAGGACAAGCGUACAAAGAAGGAAGCCAUGGGUUGCUGCGAAAGCAAAAACGUAGAUUCCAAAGCCGCCAGGGCUGCUCGUUGGCGAUCCACCGGUAUUGUUGCCUUGCGCGACGCUAAAUUGAAGAACUUCCCGGAUGAUGUUAUUGAUCUUGAAAAAGCUGUGCGUACCCUUGAUUUGACACACAACAAAAUAGUUGAUAUCCCUAUGGAAAUUAGCAAGCUGAUCCAUAUGCAGCGAUUGAUCUUGGCAGAAAACUCAAUUGAGAGGCUACCAGUGAAUUUGGGGAAACUCCAGUCUCUAAAGGUUAUGACACUUGAUGGAAACCGGCUUUCUUUCUUGCCUGAUGAAUUGGGCCAGUUGGUGAGGCUUGAGCGCUUAUCGAUUUCAGGAAAUCUGUUAACGUGCUUGCCGGAGACCAUUGGAAGCUUGCGCAAUUUGUCCCUUUUGAAUGUUUCCGGUAACAAGCUAAAGACUCUCCCAGAAUCGAUUGGGAGUUGCUUCUCUCUGGAGGAACUAGAAGCAAAUGACAAUCUAAUUGAGGAUCUUCCUGUCUCUAUUUGCAAUCUCGUGCAUUUGAAGUCACUCUCCUUGAAUAAGAAUAAUGUUAAUCAGAUUCCUUCAAAUCUUUUGAGAGACUGCAAGUCUCUUCAGAAUUUAUCCCUGCAUGAGAAUCCUAUUUCGAUGGAUCAAUUCCAGCAGAUGCAAGGGUUUCAAGAAUUCGAAGCACGAAGGAAGAAGAAGUUUGAUAAGCAAAUCGAGUCUAAUGUGAUGAUCAGUUCCAAGGGUCUUGAUGAGGGUGUAGACAUGUGAAUAUAAAACCUUCAUGCAAGGAUCCAAAAGGUGCAGUUUCCUUUACCUGCAUCGGAAUGCAAUAAUGCUUGGCUUGGCUGUCAGGGAGGCAGAAAGGGAGAUGGAUGGUGGUCAUAUUCUGCUUUAAGAUCGUGGUGGGUGGUGCUUUGAAUCCUUUAAUAUGCGGUGGGAAGUGUUGAAUAUAGUAGUCCUAGCAGAUCAGUUUUUUCUGUGAUGUUGUAAAUGUGGUCAAAGAAAGUAUCUCUUUUCUUCUUUAUAGAGCCCAUAGAAAUUUGUAUUAAUCAACAUAUGGAAAUGGUAUGAUUCAGCUGAAGUACAACACUCAUUCUGCAGCGUCACUUGUGCUGAAAUCAAUCGUGCGUCUGU